UGCCUUGAAAUGUGGACAGAGACCGGUGUGGAUGUGGGACAGGGAUUCAUCAGGAUGAGGAGGAAAUCUGUCCUCUUUAUGAACCCCUGGGAUGUAGAAGGGCGGUGCAAGGAUGGGACUUGGAACAGGCUUCUCGGACGUCACAGGGGAGUGCAAGAGGUGCACCUUGUCUCUCAGGUUGAACAGGCCCAACCAAAGGGCCCUCGACCACAGCUCUGGACAGCAGUGUGGGAGGCAUGAAGAGACAGGUGUGUAAUGUUGUAGAUGUUUUCCUGGUCCUCUAGGUUCAGGGUAUCUGAAUCCCUGCAGCUCAGCCAGAUAAGCUAUCAACAGAGGGAUCACAUCGAGAAACCGCACUGACUGAAUUUUUUUUGUAAAUGUGUUCAUUUUGUCUGAUAGAGAGGAGUCAUUUAAGGUCCCUACACAGUGCAAGGGAUAAGGGCAAUGAGUUCUCAAGUUGGUUCUGCCUUAAAGAAAAUCCAUGUUAUGCAUAUCAAAGGUCUGGGAGCCACUUGCAAGCACCUUGGUUGUAAGAGGAUUAUUCCAGGACCUCUUAGCCUUACGUAGCUGGAAGUGUAGGUGGAUUUAGUGGAGCUGUCUGUGGGGAAUCGCUUCCCAUCAUACAGAUCCUUCUUUCUGUACCUGUCAACAUGAGGCACUUGGUCACUCCAUUCAAAUUUUGGCAGAGGUUCGCUUGCAAAAAAAAAGUCACAUGUGCAAAAAGCCACAGUUGAAAAGGCCAGAACCAUCACCUUUGCUUUUUUGAAUGCUCGGCCUCAGAGAUUGAGAUGGCGGGAUGCUGUCGAUCUCCAUGUCUGCUGCUCCCGUGUGACUGGCGAAAUGAAUCUCACCCUUGUGGCCAGGCCCUGUGAAGUGCAGGUUUGCUAGCCUUGCGGCAACCUCGAGAAGUCAUCCUAAACAAUGCAGCAUUAGCUAACCAAGUCUCAUCAGCUACUGUAGAGUUGACCUUUUCACAGUAAAUCAAUCAAAUAAUAUCAUACACUCAAAAUUAAAAAUGUGCACGCAAGGCUGGGUAAUACUUGGUUAGUCAAUCUGUAGAUGCUUAACAUACAGACAGUCAGUAGCAAUUCAAUUAACUAUUUAACCCUAACCUUAAACCACAUCCUUGACAUUAAAUAUUUCCCGAACCCUCACCUUAAUUCUAAAAUGUUCUAUGUGAAUUGGGUAUGGUGAGAAGAAUGAAGUCUGAGUUUUAAGUUAAGGUACAUGUUUUUUGUAUAUCUUGCAUACAAUUUUCAUAUGCAUGGACCAAAGCUACUCUUAAACGAUUAUAUAUUGCCAACAUACAAAAACUUGAAGGUAAGUAGCUAUUAAUCUAUCUUAAUCAUAAGAUAGUAAUCCUAUCUUAAUCAUUUUGUAUCACUAAUGACAAGUUACGACAUGUUACAAUUUUCCCUUUAAACAUUGGGUAAAUGUUCCCUUUAAACUUUGUGAACAAUUGUUGAAGUCCUCUGUGGCCCUGAAUAGAAGAGGCUAGCUUGAUUGGAGAUAACGGAUGUUAGCUUCUUGAAUUUUUUUCAGCACAUUUUUUAAAUUACUAAAUUGUCAUCAGCAAAUAGAAUAUUUACAUUCCUUUUCAACUCUCUGAAGUUGACCCGGCAUGACUUCAUCCAAUUGGUAUAAAGUUUUGUCUGUGUCUGUUUGACUCUACCCUUAAGUACAUUUAAUGCAUUUACAGAAUGUAUUGCAUUGCAGGUAUUGUAGUGUUUGCUGUGUUGUGCAAGAUUAAAAACAGUUCAGGAUAGACAAGUCAUGAUUUUGUUUGAAGUCCCCCUGCCGCUUCAGCUACAAACGAAUAAGUUAAAGAGGAGAACAUGCUGACUUUUACAGCCGGAGCUACAUACGCCUUCAUUCAGAAUGACCGGAUUGCUGUUUUCUGAAGAUGUCUUUAAACGAUAUCGAACUCUAGGUUCUAACAGUUGGAGGGACACUCAUGAAUACCUUCUUUGGACUCAGUACGUGUUUUAAGACACAUAAGCUUCACUAAAAGUAUUUACCUGGUUGGCUCUCUCAGCUGAUAGCUGCUAUAGAGAGGAGCGCGUGAAGCAAACACUACAUUUAGUGGCUCCCUCUGCUGGCUGAAACAUGCACAACAUCACUUGACAAAAUACAAAAGGAUACAUCUCCCACUCCCACAUGACUGGUUGUAAGGAGCCCAAUCUGUAAUGUCUGCUAACAGUCCAUUCACCAAAUGUUUUUCUGGGCUUUGAAGACAUGCAACCAAGAUAUCUUCAUUUACUAAUAUUCUAUAGGUCAACCAUAUAAAUAUUAGGACCAGAAUUAGCCAUUCAGGGAGCUCUGAGCUGCCUGGAAUCGUGGAUAGAGGCAGGUGUAGGCGUCUAAUAGGUGGAGAAUCUUAGGAUAAGGAGGAAAUAUAUUAUCUUGGACUGAGACAGUUGUGCAAGGAUGGGGUUUGGGAAAGGAAAAGAAGAUUAUAAGCUGGCAGCUACCUCAGAUGACAAUGGAAAGAAGAAAAGCAAAAAGCAGGCAAAGAAAGCCAAGGAUAAGAUGGAUUUGGAGCAACUGAAAAAAGAAGUUGAGCUGGAUGACCAUAAGUUGACCAUGGAAGAAAUUCACAGGAAAUAUGGCACAGAGUUAACGAGGGGUCUGUCUUCGACUCGGGCCAGGGAGAUCCGUCUUCGUGAUGGCCCCAACGCCCUGACCCCUCCCCCCACUACCCCUGAGUGGGUGAAGUUCUGCAGGCAGCUCUUUGGUGGGUUCUGCAUGCUGCUGUGGAUUGGAGCGUUCCUCUGCUUCAUUGCCUACAUAAUCCAGGUCUCCUCCGAGCAGGAGCCAGCGGGUGAUAAUUUGUGGCUGGGCAUUGUGCUUGCGGUUGUCGUCAUCAUCACUGGUGUUUUCUCCUACUACCAAGAAGCCAAAGCCUCCAAUAUCAUGGACUCGUUCAAGAACCUGGUCCCACAGCAAGCCCUGGUUAUCCGUGACGGUGAGAAAAUGAACAUCAACACUGAAGACGUGGUGGUUGGAGAUCUAGUGGAGGUGAAAGGAGGAGACAGGGUCCCAGCGGAUCUGCGUAUCAUCUCCGCCAACCACUGCAAGGUGGACAACUCCUCCCUCACUGGUGAAUCUGAGCCCCAACAUCGCAGUCCAGAUUUCACCCAUGAGAACCCCCUAGAAACCAGGAAUAUUGCCUUCUUCUCUACCAACUGUGUUGAAGGUACUGCCAGAGGUGUGGUCAUCAACACUGGUGAUCGCACUAUCAUGGGUCGUAUCGCUACGCUGGCCAUGAGUCUGGAGGGCGGGAAGACACCUAUUGCCAUUGAAAUCGAGCACUUCAUCCACAUCAUUACCGGUGUGGCCAUCUUCCUGGGCGUGACUUUCCUGAUCCUCUCUGUCAUUCUUGGAUAUGGUUGGCUGGAAUCCGUCAUCUUCCUCAUUGGAAUCAUUGUCGCUAACGUGCCCGAGGGUCUCCUGGCUACUGUGACUGUGUGUCUGACUCUGACUGCCAAGAGAAUGGCCAAAAAGAACUGUCUGGUGAAAAACCUUGAAGCUGUAGAGACCCUUGGCUCCACAUCUACCAUAUGCUCUGACAAGACUGGAACCUUGACUCAAAACAGAAUGACCGUGUCUCACAUGUGGUUUGACAACCAUAUCCAUGAUGCUGAUACCACAGAGAACCAGACUGGUACUUCCUUCGAUAAAAGCUCCGCAACCUGGGCUGCCCUGGCUAAAAUUGCUGGCCUGUGCAACAGAGCCGUUUUCCUGGCGGAACAGAACAACAUACCAAUCCUCAAGAGAGUUGUUGCUGGGGAUGCCUCUGAGUCUGCCCUGUUGAAGUGUAUUGAGCUGUGCUGUGGUUCUGUCAAAGACAUGAGAGAAAAAUACAGUAAUAUCGCUGAGAUCCCCUUCAACUCCACCAACAAAUACCAGCUCUCAAUUCAUAAAAACAACAUGCCCGGAGAGUCAAGGCACUUGCUAGUGAUGAAAGGAGCCCCAGAGAGGAUUCUGGACCGCUGCUCCACCAUCCUGAUCCAGGGAAAAGAACACCCUCUCGAUGAAGUGAUGAUGGAAUCAUUCCAGAAUGCUUACGAAGAACUGGGGGGGCUUGGAGAGAGAGUGCUGGGUUUCUGCCAUUUCCAGCUGCCAGAUGACCAUUUUCCUGAAGGGUUUGAGUUUGACUGUGAAGAGGUGAACUUUCCUACUGAAGGUCUUUGCUUCGUUGGUCUGAUAUCCCUGAUUGACCCUCCCCGCGCUGCUGUACCAGAUGCUGUGAACAAGUGCAGGUGUGCUGGUAUCAAGGUUAUUAUGGUGACUGGUGAUCAUCCAAUCACAGCAAAGGCCAUUGCCAAGGGUGUGGGUAUCAUCUCUGAGGGUAACGAGACUGUUGAGGACAUUGCAUCUCGUCUGAAAAUCCCUGUUUCUGAGGUCAACCCAAGAGAGGCCAAAGCUUGUGUUGUCCAUGGGGGGCUGCUUAAGGACAUGACCGCUGAACAGUUGGAUGACAUCCUGAAGUAUCACACUGAGAUUGUGUUUGCCAGGACGUCCCCUCAGCAGAAGCUGAUCAUUGUGGAGGGUUGCCAGCGUCAGGGUGCUAUUGUGGCUGUGACCGGUGACGGUGUGAAUGAUUCUCCUGCCCUGAAGAAAGCUGACAUUGGGGUUGCUAUGGGCAUCGCUGGAUCUGAUGUCUCCAAGCAGGCUGCCGACAUGAUUCUUCUGGAUGACAACUUCGCCUCUAUCGUUACUGGUGUUGAAGAGGGCCGUCUGAUCUUUGACAAUUUGAAGAAGUCCAUUGCUUACACCCUAACCAGUAAAAUUCCAGAGAUGUCUCCCUUCCUUCUCCUAAUCCUUGCCAACAUUCCACUGGCCCUGGGAACCGUCACGAUCCUCUGUAUUGACCUGGGAACUGACAUGAUCCCUGCAAUCUCCCUGGCCUACGAAGAAGCUGAGAAUGACAUCAUGAAAAGACAGCCCCGAAACGCCAAAACAGACAAACUGGUGAACGAGAGACUCAUUAGCAUGGCCUAUGGUCAAAUUGGUAUGAUGCAGGCCACAGCUGGUUUCUUUACAUACUUGGUAAUCAUGGCUGAGAAUGGGUUCUAUCCUUUGGAUCUGCUAGGCAUCCGGAUGUACUGGGAAAACAAGUAUCUGAAUGACAUGGAGGACAGCUAUGGCCAACAGUGGACAUACGAGCGCAGAAAGAUUGUUGAGUACACUUGCCACACAGCAUUCUUCGUCAGUAUUGUCAUUGUACAAUGGGCAGAUCUGAUCAUUUGUAAGACCAGGAAAAACUCCCUUGCCCAGCAGGGAAUGAUGUCGAAUCGGGUCCUUGUCUUCGGACUGUUUGCAGAAACUGCCCUAGCUGCCUUCCUGUCCUAUUGUCCUGGAAUGGAUAUUGCCCUCAGAAUGUACCCCCUCAAGCCUUGUUGGUGGCUCUGUGCCUUACCAUACUCUCUGCUUAUUUUCGUCUAUGAUGAGGUUAGAAAAUACAUCCUCCGAAAGUACCCAGGAGGUUGGGUGGACCAGGAGACUUACUACUGACAGGAAGAUGCUAACCCAGGAUCACUCAAUGUUACUCUGCUGCUACAUCCCAUUGUCAACCAAAAACAUUACAUGCCAUUUCAUUUCCGUUACAGUUAUACAAAUAAUGAAAUUAGCUUAAUUAAGGAGGUCUUAAUUCAUGUUAUUUGAAAUAAACAUCUCUUUACACUGA